CCCGCCAUGCUGUCAGAGAAUGAAUGGAUGACACAUUUCCCGCAUUUGGAUUUUUUCCUGCGCGAACUUUGGCCCUUUCUACCGGAAAUAAAAGAAACUGAAAUAAAAAGGCCUUUAAAACAAUUAGAAAAAUGAGUAAUACUGCAAAUAUGUUUCGAGGAUAUUUAUGCUUAAUUAAUUGAAAUUCAAAAUCAAUUCAACUCCUAAAUGUUAGUUGAGUUUUAUCAUGUUUAAACUUCUCAUGAACGAGGAUAAUAGUUCUUGGCCAAAUAAUGGCGGAAAUGGUUGACACGUGCACUACCACCACACUGAGCCAGUCAGAGCUAGGGGGCUGGAGUGAGGACAUCGCCCACGAUGAUUACCCCACCCCAUCCAGCAUGGAGCUUGUACCCUACACCCCACCCCAGCUCUACGGUCCGUUCCUCCCACCGGGAAUGGAUGCAGGCCACAGCAUGAAUGAUUUUCAAGCUUCUAGCUCGUUGCCAAACUCUUUCAUGGCUAAUGAUGGAGAAGCAGCUGCCUCACAAGGAUCGGACACAAAAGAUUCCAAUGCGGUGCGGGGUGUCUGCGGCCUACGGAACAUGGGCAACACCUGCUUCAUGAACUCCGGUCUCCAGUGCCUCCUGCACCACCCCCGUCUCUCCGUCUACCUCCUGGACCACGAGGGGCUCCCUGAGGAGGGCAUGGCCAGCCACUUCACCGAGCUCCUGCAGAAGACCUGGGCUGGAGAAUACAGCGUGCUCCAUCCCAGUUCCUUCAAGGACACCAUGGGAUUCAUCCAUCCACAGUUCAAAGACUUCAGACAGCAUGAUGGCCAGGAGUUCCUUGCCCUACUCCUAGACACACUCCAUGAGGAGCUCAACCAAGCCAACCGUCCAGCCAAAAGCCAGUCUCCAGCCACCGACUUCUCCGAAGAGUCCAGCGACUCGCACUAUGCCUCCGAAGCAUCGACCUCCAAGCUCAGCGAGCUAGAGGCUCUCGACAUCGACUCAGGGAAAGAAGAGACGUCCUCGACCAGUCAGAACAACCGACGGAACAAGAUGGAGGAGAGUGAAGAGGAAGAUGUAGGGAGCCCUCAGAGGGUCGGGGAGGGUAAGGAUGGGAUGAGGAAGGUGGAGGAAGGAGAAGAGAUGGAGCCGGAGGAUGGGGAGGAAGGAGCUACUGCGACCAAGCUUCCCAGUAUUGCAGAGUUCUACAUGAAAGAUGUGAAGACUCUUAAUACAAACAUGUUACAAGGAGAAGAGAUAUCUCCUUCAGUCUCUGAAAGCAGCGCCAAGUUUCCAAAGAAGGACAAGUCCCCAAUACUGUCUUCCAUUCGCAACCCAAUGGAUCCCAUUCCCGAUGCCAGCAGCAGGUCUAUCGGCAAGCCCAAGAAAUCUAACGUUCUAGCCGCCAAAAAGAACAAAGCUUAUUUUAGGACUGGGACCAACAAUCAGGAAAAAUCCACUGGGGAGGACCAAAGGACAAACCAAGAAGAGCCAGAUCCGAUUAAACGGAUGAAGAUGGACCUCAACUCGGAAAGUAUAGCCAAGAUUUAUAAGGAAACGAAUGGCUUGUCGUCACCGAUGAAGUUUCACGAUUACGUGACGUCGAUGGAUGAUGCCAAAUCGGUGAACAUCUUCACAGAGAAGAUGACAAAUAAACUGGCUGAGCUGGAAGGUCCAGCAGAUAGUACCACCGGCCUCAAGAGUCAGAUUCUCUGCAGCAAGUUUGAGGAUAACAGUGCAGAGCCCACAACGUGCAGCUCAAAGCAAUUUGAUAAUGAGAAGCAACUUGGGAGCCCUUGCGCAGAUCUUCUGGACAAGGGGGGCAUUGACACCAAGUUGGGGCGGAGCUUCCUGCCGAACAAUCAGCAGUAUUUUGCCGCGAUAUGUAAAGCACAGGAAGAACUUGGAGAGAAGAUGAAGGUUGAUUCAUCAUCGUCGUCAUCAACCAUGACGGCCGAGAAGGGGAUGAUGAUGAAGGAGAGAGAAGGGGAGAUGGAAUGGGAUAUGCAUCUACGUAGGAACCAGUCUGUCGUCAUUGAUACAUUCCAGGGACAGUUUAAAAGCACUGUUGUGUGUGCUGUAUGUGGCCAUGUUUCUAUAAUGUUUGAGCCUUUUAUGUACCUGUCUGUGCCUCUGCCGCGUGCCAUGGAGAAACAACUCAUUGUUACAAUCAUCUCAAACCAUGGCCAUUUACCAACCCGUCACCUUGUAACACUAAACCGUUUUGAAUCCGUACGGGAGCUCAGGAUAGCCUUAAAAAACAUUAUCUCAGGCAUCGGUGGGGGCGAGGAAGAGGAGAGAGAUGUGAUCCUAGCAGAAGUGCUAGACCAUCAUGUCUCCAGAUUUUUGGAGGAUGGCAUCCAACUACGCUACGUAAACGACUGCUACCGAUUGCUUUAUGCCUUUGAAGUCAGCAGCAACGCCAGGGAACGACUUUACAGCAGCCUCUGUCCAGAGCAGGGCGAUGCCUCAGAGACCGAGCAAAAGCAAUCAAACUUUAUGUUUUACAUGAACGAACACAGCAACAUGAGUUCACAGAGUGACGACGUCAUCACGCACAUGGGCGAUGCCACGCCCCCUAGCUACCAGCCCGUCACCAGCUCAUGGGACAUCGAGGUCACGACGUCUACUGCGGAUGAACUCAGUGGUAUUGGUAUGGUGCAGCCGCCUGAUAUUACCUCCACAUCUGGGUUAGAUAGUGGGUUCCCGUCCAACACCAUGUCCCAUCAUGGUGAUGUCUUCACAAAUAUUCGAUAUUAUGACCCAACUGAUAGCACAAACUGUGAGGGCGCUACCUCGUUUGAAGGAACGCUAGCGGACAGUACAGAAACUCUUGAGAGAUCGUCAAGCCUGCAGGCUGUGCACGGCUCAUCGAGCGGCGUCGAGCUCUGGGCGGACAGCCAAGCUGAUUCGACGCCCUGGGUCUCCAAUCAACCGGAAGACAUUGCUCCGGCGAACAGUCCAACGUCGGCGGUUAUCGCUUCGUGGAAAUCGUGUGCAAUAUGCCUGGAGGAACUGCCCCCACACCAGUUGUUGACCCAUCAGCCUUGUGGUGGGGUUCUUUGUGCAAUCUGUAUGGAAAGAGCUGUCAAGCAUUAUGGUGACCAGACAGUAAAUUGUCCAGUAUGUCGUCAGGAGAUAGACCCAGCUACAGACUAUGUUGCCAUGGCAGGGGCAUCGGCGCCCAACCUCAUGAAACGAGUCCUGUUGCUAUCGGUUACCUUUAGGAACGACGUGGAGGAGGAUGGAGUCAUAAGACGUGAUCUAUUAGGACACCCUCGUGUGUUGUACUCUCUUAACGAUGUUAGCGGAGAGGAGUUGUUUUGUCAGGUGGAGAGUUUGAUGCCAAUCCAUGCCCCCUUCUCCCUUGUACUCUCAGAUUCACAGGGUCUAAGCUGCAGCCGAUGCAGCUACGACCUCCAUUGUUCAGGUUGCCAGCUAGUGAGGGAGGUGGAUAUUACACUCAACUCUGAUGAUCACCUCACAGUAGUGUACCAUAAUCUCCCCUCAGAGAUAGUGGAAUCAACCAGUAGGGUUUGUGAGGACCAAUCAGUGGCUGGCUUCCAGGGCAAUGAACCAAUCACGCUCAGGGAUUGCUUCCAGGCAUUCACAGAGAGUGAGACGUUGGAUGAACACAAUCCUUGGUUCUGCUCUGAAUGCAAGAAACCUCAACCGGCUAAUAAGACCAUCUCAGUCUGUCGCUUUCCAGAUACACUCAUUGUCUACCUCAAAAGAUUUGUGUUCCAUCAAGCGAUGAGCACCAAGCUGGACAACAAGGUUCUCUUUCCUGUAGAAGACAUGGAUGUAGGUGAAUACAUGAGCAUCUCGGAUUCCCAUGAAGACUUGGUCUAUGAUCUUCAGGGUGCUGUCAGUCAUUUUGGAGGUGUGAACGCUGGCCAUUAUACUGCCUAUGUGAAGAACCCGUGGACAGACCAGUGGCAGUACUGCAACGACGAGACAGUGUCACAGCAAGAACCUUCAGAACAAGAUGCUUCCAGUGUUUACAUCUUAUUCUAUUCAAGAAAAGGAUCCUACCACGACUUCACCCUUCCACCACUACCGCCCCCAACUACCGGUCCAAAGACAGAAGAGGGUGUCGCCCUUUGCACGCCCCCUCCGCUUGUCUGCUCCUCCUCCUCUGCCUCUUCUUCCACCACCUCUUCAGCAGCACCCCUUUCACCCCCACAGACAAGAAUGGAAGAGCCCAGCCCAAUGGAGGAGGACCAGCAAGCAUUCAUGGAAGGCACAGAUCUGGACAAGCUUAUUCAGGAGCUGAACAAGGAGGACAAGUCCACUGCGGAAGAGGGGGGCAGCAGUGAAGCGGAGGGAAGGGAGGCUGAUGCGACUCAUCAAGAUGAUCUGCAUCCGGAGACUCUGGAUUAGGACUUCUUAACCCUUAUUGUUGGGUUUAUUGCUUGACCGAGCCUGUUAUUAUAAUAGCAGUAUAAGGUUAAGCUAGGGUGUCAACCAGAACCCUGUGUUACAAAGAGUUACAAUUGCUCAAAUCAACCACAACUAUGGAAAGCCAUCAACAUCUAAAAUACAUAUUUGUUCAAAAUAUUUUUUAGAUCUUGAAAAUUCAUUGUGCUUUUGUUUACAUAGGAUAUUGCGCAAAUUUCCUGAAGAAAAAAUAAUGACAUUCAUGGAUUUCCAUAUACUUGAGGUUAAUCGGAUUGAUCGUAACUCUUUGUAAGACUGUGCAACCAAUGAGACUGCUGAUCAGGAACUCCCCCUAAAUGACUCCAUUUAUUGUUAGAAGUGUACACUGGAUCAAGGUUUUGACUUAUUAGUUAUUUAACUAGAAGGCACUAUCAAAAGCAUGUAUUUUUGACUUGCGCUUUAUAUUUGAUAGAGUUGCAAUCUAACACAACUCUUUAUGCAAUGGGGCCCCAGGAGCCUUUACACUUUACACUUGUCUUUGCGAAUAUUGAUUUUGGUUGCGUUCAGUUGCGGAUGUUUGAAAAAAUGUCAAACUACCGAGCUUUAGUCUUUAUAUUGACCUCACAUUAGCUCUUUUCAUUGCAUUGUGUUGUGUUUGUCUGCAUUCAGGCAAUCCGCAGCUGAACGCAAGCCCAAAAUGAAAAGGUGAGAGCCAGGCUUAAAGAAAGGAUUUUGUUUUAUUCCAGUUAAAUUUUUUGACAAUCUAUAGUUAAGGCAUUAUUGAACAAACCCAAAAUGAGAUGCAAGUUUCUAAGAUGGUUUAUGAUCGAUUUGAAUCUUUAGAACCAACAUCUUGUAAGGGCAAGGAUCCUUUACUGCAUCUUAUGUAGUAUAUGUUUAGUAGCAUAUUUAUUUACACUUCUUAUUUCACUUACUGAAUCAGAUUUCAUAUAAUGAAUCAGAAAAUAAUACAUGUAAAUGAGCAAUCACCGCACUACAUCAACUCAAAGAAUUGCCUUUGUUAAGUGUGAACACAUUUUUCACAUGGAUUUACACAGAUCAUAUGCAAUGGAAGCCAAGCAAACCAAACCAGUGUAAUAUUUUGUACAGCCCAAAUCACGUUUUAUCGAUGUAAUAUGAUGUUUCAAUGUGUGUGAACACUCGUAUGUAUAAAGUUAUGCUGCAUUCAAUGUAGAUUCAUCUGAGGGAAGUGAGGCAAACUUGGGACCAUUUCAAACAUUUAUACCAUUUAGAAAAAAAAGAAGAAACUGUAUAGGAAUUGUAGUUUGAUAGUGCAGGUAACUUUGCCUAAAUCAAUUCUUUUGGGUAAUUUGUUCUAAAAAAAGAUUGCUUCAAUUUGGGUGAAUAUUCAACUUGUGCAAGUUGAUCUGUAUUUCAGGGGAUCGAUAUUUAUAGUAGUUUAAGAAUAUGUUCUAGUCCCUUGAAUAUGUGAAGUAGGGAUGUAUAGUCAAGGCUGGCCUUGAGCCAACAUUUUGCCAUCCUUGGCCUCUGCCUCGGCCUGGGUCAAAGUCUCUUCAGGGAGGUUUUCACCAGUGGCCUUGUGACUCGAAACUUCCAGCCUUGACGUACCUGAUGUCAUAUCAAUCACCAUUUGCUUAGUUUACGUCAAUCUUAGAUGAUAAAAAAUUCCAGAGCAAUGGACAUAGUUUAUUUCACAUUUUGUCACUCCUCGACCUGGGUGGGAAAAUGACACCUUUAACAAAAUGCCUUGUUAUGUUGACUGAGAUACAAGAAAGCCAUUGGGUGAUUUCCAAUUCAGUGUUGACCAUUUGGUGUUGGGUCAAAUUUUACAUGAUUAUAACACCAAACUUGAAGUGAAGAUGGUCCGGAAAAGUCACUCACUAGUUGUUGAGAUGUCAAUAAUGUGAUCAGGAUCAGUUUUACAAACUGAAUAAGUUUUGGAGCUAGGGGAAGCAAUCCAAAUUUCAACACCAAGGCCGACACCGGACUUGAAAUCACCCAUUAUGUAUCUGGGUAUAGUAAAUUGUACAGACCCGAAUGAGAGACAAUUCUUGAUAAAUACCUCAUAUGUAACAGAUAUUUGUGAGCUGUAUAGCAUCUGGGGAGCGUUUCAUGAAAGGAGUUGUCAGACAUUUUAUCAGACAGUUACCAUAGUAGCAGUGCCUCUCAGCCAAUCAGAAUCCAGGAAAGAUGUCAGAUCUGACAAUGUAUCGGACAAAAAUGUUGAUGAAACGCUCCCCUGGUCUAUCCGAACUGCACUGUAGAAAGUUAUGUACUCUGUGUGCACUUUCCUACUUAUCAUUAUGAUUUGUAUGUCUUGCGUUGUGUUCAUUGAUUUACUGGGGGACGUUUCACAAAGAGUAAAAUGUGACUUAGUGUUGUGCUUAAAUGCCAAUGGGCACAUGAUAUGUAACAUGCAAACUUAUGAAUACGCAGUAGUGCAGGUCCUCAUAUGGGGCGUUGCAAGACACUUGAAGGAUGAGUUGACUAAUGUGGUAAUGGCUUUUAUAAUACACACAACUUAGAAUUGAACUGUUCAGUUCUAAAUCACACUAUCAAGGGAAAAUUCGCAUUGAAAUAUUUCAUACCCAUCAUAAAAGGGAAUGGCUGCUUUAAUUGUACUUACUGUAUACUCAGUAAAAAGGCAGUACCAUUGCCUUCCAGCAUUUUUUUGUUUAGCCAUUGAAAAAGAAACUUUAUUUUUGUACGAAAAAUUCAUUCUGUAGAUACUUUAGUUAUGUUUUUGUUACUACAGGAAACAUAUUGCUUUUUUUUCUAAUAAUUACUAUUCGUCAGAUAUGUCAACAAUCGGGGGGGGGGGGGGGGGGGUGGUGCUUGGUUUAAACUGUAUUUGAAUAACAGAGUUUAUUUUCACAAGAUUACUAAGGUAUUUGGCACCAAAUUUAUUACAAUUCAUUUUCCAGUACAUUUGACAGAAUGACACAGACCUUUCAAGGAUUAAUUAGAUUAACCCAAAUAUUACUGGGUUUGCUGCAUAGUGUUUACUACUACAUCAAAAUUUAAUCAAUCUUUUUUUUGUUUUACAUUUGCAAAAUUAUCUUGAAUCAUUGACUUGUUGAUAGACCCAACCAAUACUGAUGCAUGCCGGAAAUUUCUUCUCAAUUUUCUUGCUUGAAUUUAGUAACACCAUGAUCCAGGUGCAUGGCCAUGUUUAUUUGUAACUAUAUGUGAUAAAAAUCUUAGUGGUAGGACUAUCGAAGUUCCAAUUCCAAAUCGUAAUGAUGUUAUCCACAGGGCUAACUAUAUAUUAAGAUAAUUGUUUUGGUCGGCUGUUUCGGAGGAAAUUUUUGAACAUUUUCUGAUUUUUUUUUGUCCUACACAAACGAAUGACUUAUUGGAGCAAACAACCGCUACUUAACUACAGCGUCAAUGGAGAGUGGGUGCGCUUUUGCACCCUCCUCAAUUACUCCAAAAUUUUGCUUUUUGACGGGGGAAAAGGAAGAAUAAAGAAAAAUUUAUAUCAAAUAAGAUCAGCUUACCAACUUGCCUGAAAUUAUUUUCGGAAAGGUGGCAAGCUGAUUGUAUUUGAUAUAAAUUUAUUAUUUCUUUUUACCAAAAAAGCUAAAUUUAGGAGUAAUUGAAGAGGGUGCACCCUUUCACCAUAGACUCUGCUGUGGUUGUUUGCUCCACCAUUACGAGCCAAUGGCCAUCUUGGUCUAUUGACAGAGGGAAUGCUGCGGAGCCUGACAGAAAUAGACCUAUUUAUCGGUCUAGUGCUUUGACUAAGCUCUACUGCAUGAACUGCUUUGGUAAAGCAGGUUAGUGGUAUUCAUAAGCAUGAUGGUCAAGGAGUAGCCUGGACCUGAAACAUGCACAAAUGACGGAAAGUCAUUUAAAAGGGUGCCCAAGGAAACCAUGAAAUGUGAUUUAAUUCCAGGUAUGCAUCUAUGGCUAAACUAAUUAAUCAUACUUCAAAGCAGUUGGUGUAUGUAAAGUUUUGACCUACUGGAUUUAUGCAAAUCAAGUUUCUUAAUGAAAAUACCCGGUAUUACUAGUAUGUACCAUCCCGAUAUAUAGCAAAAUGAAUAUUAACAUAUUAUUUUGGACUAUCUUUGACAUCUACUAACCAGCAGCCAUCACCUACACUCGCGUCUUGCUUUAGUAAUGUGGGAAAGCAUGCAGGGAGUCAUUGAAUGCAAGACCUAUAUAGGCUUUGCCCGAUGUUUGCAGUCUUGCCACAUCAUACCAAAUAUUUAUGUAUAGCAACAACUUCUGCCUAAAUUAUAGUGUGUCCCCCCUCCCAAUAUAUCAUGGUAACAAUCAGUUCAAGAAAGAUCUGUUUGUAGACAAACACUAAUGUCAAUUCUUGUCUCCGUCUGGUUUUUACACAUUGCAUUGUACACACCACUUUGAUACACAGAGACUGGUAUCUCAACUUUUCAUGUCAAAAAAAAAAUGUUUGUACCAUAUCUGAAUUUCUAUACUUUGUACAUAAUGUCUGUAGAUACAAGUGCAAUAAAAAAAUGACAUGAUUAAAAAGUU